GCCCUUUAGAUCUUAAUGCCAUUUGCUCAAAACAAUUGUCAGAAAACAGAAAAAAGGGUCACGCAGUUCAAAAAAUAUUCCUUGAAGAUGAUAGGUCAUGAGGGAGUGAGGGUAGGGGUGUUGGCAUUGCUUUGCUUUCAUGUCCUUGUGGGGAGUGUUGCUUUCGCUAGAAAUGUGAAAGAUUUUGAGGAUGAGAAGUUUUUUACCAUUGGUAAGGGAGGGGGAUUUGGAGGUGGUUUUGGCACUGGUGGAGGUUUUGGCGGUGGAGGCGGUUUUGGUGGUGGCGGUGGUGGCGGUUUUGGUGGUGGUGGCGAUGGUAUAGGUGGCGGGUUUGGAAAGGGUGGUGGAAUAGGCGGUGGAAUUGGAGGCGGCGUGGAGGGGUGGAAAGGUGGUGGCAUCGAGGGGGAGUGGGGGUGGCGGAGGCGGGGGAGGAAUAGGAGGCAUCGGAAAGGUUUGGGGGGGGCGGAGGAGGCCGGUGGUGCGGGGGCGGAGGAAAGGAGGAUUUAA